GUUCGCUGCUUCACAUCAGAUAAAUCUAGUAUGCACCUGUACCAAGGACGAAAAAACGACAAUGACAGCCCAGAAUUUGUUCAGUGUUAGCAUAUUCUUCAUCGUCUUCAGAGAAUCACUUGAAGCCGUCAUCAUCGUAUCCGUACUCCUUGGCCUCGUCGAGCAGAUCGUCCAUGGCGACACAGACCAAUUCUCGGCACUUCAAAUUACGGAGCACCAUCGACCCGUCAACAACAACGGUGAAACAACUGUGCCAGGAGAAGGAGACUCAGAUGUCACCGUCAAGAGACGCUUGAUCCGUAAACUUAGAAUGCAGGUUUUUGCUGGUGCAGGCAUAGGCUUGUUCCUCUCAUUUGCCUUGGUCUGGUUCACUAAGGCGUCCGAUCUCUGGGUCAAGGCCGAAAAUCUUUGGGAAGGCAUCUUCGAACUUAUUGCAUCCCUGAUGAUUUUUGUCAUGGGCAUCACCAUGCUCAAAUUGGACAGGGCCAAAGCUAAAUGGCGCGUAAAGCUACAACGCGCGUUUAGUGAUCAACAUGUCGAUCGUGGCACAAGGACUGGGAAGUGGGUACUCUUCAUCCUUCCAAUGAUUACUGUCUUGCGUGAAGGAAUUGAAGCUGUCGUCUUCGUUGGCGGUGUCGCGCUCGGACAGCCAGCAGAAUCAAUUCCCAUCGCAGCAAUCGUGGGCCUUACUGUUGGACUUAUUUGUGGUUAUUUCAUUUACCAGUUCGCUAGCCGCUCGACUCUAACGAUUUUCCUUAUCGUUAUGACGAAUUUGAUCCUCCUCAUCGGCGCUGGCCUAUUUAGUAAAGCCGUUUGGUCUUUCCAAGAGAACGCCUUCAACAAUCUGCUUGGCGCUGACGUCGACGACGAAGGCGGUAACGGACCUGGUACAUACGACGUACGCGGGAAUGUGUGGCAUCUUGACUGCUGCAAUCCUGAGACCGAUUUGUCAUGGGGCAUAUUCAAUGCCAUAUUGGGAUGGGAAAAUACCGCAACUCAGGGUAGCGUGCUGAGUUACGUGUUCUAUUGGCUCCUGGUAGUCGUGGUGCUCGUGCGCAUGAAGUUCAAAGAGGGCCGUACCAAGCUUUUAUGGUUGGAGUCUGCGGCAGGCACGCGCAGGCGACUCGCAAGCGAAAAACAGGCAGAGCAAGCUGCCGAUGAAGCUGCCAAUGAAAAAGGCUCCCAUGACCAUAUUAUAAGCAUUGCCGAAAGUCCCGUCAUCAGUGAAGGUUUACCGACAUAAACCACCGUGACCGUGACCCACUGAGUGAUAAAGACGAAAUUCUCCAAGCGGGCGCUCCAUUGUUUUUUUGUCCGGUAGGGCGUAGCCCUACUAUGCUGGACAGUGUACAGUAUGUAGGUUUAUCUGGUGAUAUGUAUGCAGUUUGUGCAAAGUGUUACAAUAACAUCUCCGAAAGUGUUGAUGAAGCGGCGAGUACGUGCGAUGAAUUUGAAUAGUGGCUUGACACAUUUCUUGUCGUUUAGGAGGUGUUUUAGCUGCUGCGCACUGGUUCCUAGUUCCGCAUGGGUGACGUUUCGCAUAACGGGCUUCCAGGUCGGUACGGAAACGGUUGAUUAGGGUCCCUUAAUGAGUGGGUUUUAGGGUUCAGAUGUGCUAAAGGCCACCGGCUCAGUAGUACUGUUCCUAGACAGAACGAGAGGGUCGAUCCGGCGCGGUUGGGGUAGCGGUAGCCCCUGACGAGAACUAUCGCAGGUUCGAAACCGCUGCCAUCUCCG